CGGCCAGUGCCGCCGCGGCCAUCACUCACGUCACACUCGCACGACCCGAUCGCCGACGUCGCCGCAGCACGCAGCAGAGCCGCAGCCGGCACCACGCUCAGCACCGCGUCUCCGGCGUUUCCAGCCAUGGCGGCCCCGACCCGGCCGCGGGCCGCUCUCGCCGCCCUCGCCCUCGCCGCCUUCAUCGCCGCCCUCGCGCAGCCCGCCGCGGCGCAGUCAGGCGGCAGCUGCUACACCCCGGAAGACCAGGCCGGCACCUGCAUCCCCGUGGUGCAGUGCCCGCCGCUGGUGGCGUUGCUGCGGCAGCGGCCCGUGCCCCCCGAGAGCGUGCAGUUCCUGCGCAACAGCCAGUGCGGCUUCCAGGCCAACAUCCCCCUCGUUUGCUGUCCAAACACGGGAGACCGUCGGCCCAACCCCAACAAGCGCCCCUCCACCCCCAACAACCGCGUGUGGGGCACCACCUCGACGACGACGCCGCGGCCCAGCCGGCCCAGCAACCCCCAGCAGGGUGGCCACGUCAACCUGCGCCUGCUGCCCACGGACGUGUGUGGCGUCGACCUCAGCCAGCGCAUCUUCGGCGGCAACGAGACGGACCUGGACGAGUUCCCCUGGAUGGCGCUGCUGCAGUACCGCAGCGCCCGCGGCCAGCUCGGCUUCUACUGCGGCGGCGUGCUCAUCAGCAAGCGCUACGUGCUCACGGCGGCCCACUGCGUCGCCGAGGACUCCAUCCGACUCGUGAGCGUGCGCCUGGGCGAGCACGACACCAAGACCAGCCCGGACUGCAGGCCGGACUACACGAACGGCGGCCAGAUCUGCGCCGCCCCCGCCGUGGACGUGCCCGUCGAGCGGUCCAUCUCGUACCCCGAGUACGCCAAGAAUGACCCCAACCACUACCACGACAUCGCCCUGCUCAGGCUCUCGAGGGACGUGCAGUUCACUGACUGGAUCAAGCCAAUCUGCCUGCCGACGAGCAGCGAAGUCGCCGCAAAGUCCUACGUGGGCAAGAAGCUGUGGGUGGCGGGCUGGGGCAAGACGGAGACGCGUUCCGAGAGCGACGUGAAGCUCAAGCUGGCCGUGCCCGUGGUGUCCAACGCGGACUGCCAGCCCGUGUACCAGAAGGCGGCGGUGCGCCUCAGCAGCGGCGGCCAGCUGUGCGCCGGCGGCGCGCAGGGCCGGGACUCCUGCAACGGCGACAGCGGCGGCCCCCUCAUGGGCCCCGACCUGCACGAGAGCGGCGACAUCCGCUGGUUCAGCACGGGGGUGGUGGCCUUCGGGCCCGUCAAGUGCGGCCAGGCGGGCUGGCCCGGCGUGUACACCAGGGUGGCGCACUACAUGCCCUGGAUCCUCGACACCAUCAGGGCUCGCAGUGCAGGCACCGCGAGGCACAGACACACAUUGCCAGGCCGCUCGCCGUCGGUGUCGCAUCCUCCACGAUCAGACCGAACGCCGCGCAGCCGCGCUCCCGUCAUGGCCGUGCCGACCUCCCCGCGGGGCGCCCUCGCCGUCCUCGCCGCCUUCGUGCUGGUGCUGGCCGAGCCCGCCGCGGCGCAGUCAGGCAGCUCCUGCUUCACCCCGGACGACAGGCCCGGCUCCUGCAUCCCCGUGGUGCGCUGCCCGCCGCUGGUGGCGCUGCUCCGGAAGAAGCCCGUGCCCCCCGAGAGCGUGCAGUUCCUGCGCAACAGCCAGUGCGGCUUCGAGGCCGCUAUCCCGCUGGUGUGCUGCCAGAACACGGGCGACCGCGCGCCGAACCCCGCCGUGAGGCCGACGACGAGCAACCGCGUGUGGCCGGACCCGGUGACACCACCCACGUCGCCCAGCGGCCCCAGCGGCCCCAGCGGCCCCAGCCCGCACGACGGCCACCCCAACGCCGGCCUGCUGCCCACGGACGUGUGCGGCAUCGACCUCAACCAGCGCAUCUUCGGCGGCAACGAGACCGAGCUCGGCGAGUUCCCCUGGAUGGCGCUGCUGGAGUACCGCAGCCCCCGCGGCCAGCUCGGCUUCUACUGCGGCGGCGUGCUCAUCGCCAAGCGCUACGUGCUCACGGCGGCCCACUGCGUCCAGGAGGACGCCAUCCGACUCGUGAGCGUGCGCCUGGGCGAGCACGACACCAAGACCAGCCCGGACUGCAGGCCGGACUUCUUCGGCGGUCAGACCUGCGCCCUGGCCGCGGUGGACGUGCCCGUCGAGCGCGCCAUCCCGCACCCCGAGUACAGCACGCGGGACCCCAACCACUACCACGACAUCGCGCUGCUGAGGCUCUCCGCGGACGUGAAGUUCACUGAAUGGGUCAAGCCCAUCUGCCUGCCCGUGUCCGCCGAGGCCGCCAGCAAGUCCCAGGUCGGGAAGAGGCUCUGGGUGGCCGGCUGGGGGAAGACGGAGAAACGGUCCGAGAGCGACUUGAAGCUCAAGGUGGCCGUGCCCGUGGUGUCCAACGCGGCCUGCGAGCCCGUCUACAAGAAGGCCAGCGUGCGCCUGAGCAGCAACAGCCAACUGUGCGCGGGCGGCGAGCCCGGCAAGGACUCCUGCAGCGGCGACAGCGGCGGCCCGCUCAUGGCCGUGGAGGACGACGCCAGGGACGGCAGCAGCGGCCCGCGCUGGUACAGCACGGGGGUCGUGGCCUUCGGGCCCACCAACUGCGGCACGCGCGGCUGGCCCGGCGUGUACACCAGGGUGGCGCACUACAUGCCCUGGAUCCUCGACACCAUCACCAACUAGACCCUGGCCAGUGUCGUUGAUCCUUGCCAGCACCGAGUAGUGCCGUCCAGCGCACGACGACACCCGCAUCACAUCUCUCUCGCACCCACACCGCUCGCCCCAUGAGUGCGAGAGAGACAGAGCGACCAGCGAUUCGCUGUGCCCUGCAGGGCCACGGCCAAGUUCACGUCCGUGGGAAAUGCCCACAGCCGGCGCACCACGCGGCGCGUUGAUGUGAUAACGACUCUCAUUUACGUACUGAGCACCAUUCGAUUGAUAACUCAUCAUCUUUGUUUUCAAUAAUGUUCGCCAAGCGCGCCAAGUCACUCGAAAUACCAUCCUCUCAAAACUAAGAAUUGAACCGAUCCGACAAACCCUCCUGUCGGCAGGACAGCAUGGCAAUGGGUUUGAAGCAUUUUUGCCAAUGCUGAGUAGUACCCUGCCAGUUUUAACAUGGUUUUAACGAUAAAACUUUAUGCCUCUCCGGCUCGUCGUUGGACCUGAAGUCAGCAAGUGCCAUAUUUCACUGUCCGUCGAACUCCUCUGCUGUGAUUAACUAACUACCAUAACCUUCAUGUUUGCGACUGCUGUCUGAUCGGGGUUGGUUACUGUACAGUAUUUUAAGAAAUAAGUAAGAUUAAGAGUUUACCUUUUUGUGUUGUUUAAGUGUAGUUUUUUCCUAUGCUGCUAGAGGAGGGAGACCUCCCGCUCCUCGAACUAAGUUUGUGAUCAAAGUAAGUUAGGUUUCUGUAAUUAAAGACACUUUUGACCCACCGGGUUUACA